AUGAACACAAUUGUUUGCAGAGUUAAAUGGCCAGUCACCAAUUUGAUAAGGAUUUGGUCAGAGUUGGAUAAAUAUUAUGCUGAAAGUCCUCCAGUAUUAGUUUCAAGUAAACGUUUUGGCAAUCCAAAUUUUACCAAAGUGGAAUGGGAGUUAUGUGUUGAGAUGAAACCUUAUACCUCUACUUUUGCUAUUUAUCUUCGCCAAUUAGGGCCAAAUAGUAUCAAUGGUCUUGUGAAUACGCAAUAUGAAAUUUUUGUGGUCGAAGACAAUAUCAAACGUGUGCUUUCCAGAUCUACAAACAAAUUUGAAAAUCAAGAAAAAUUGGGAUAUGCUAAUGUUUAUAAGAUUCGAGGCAAAAUACUUAGACAUGAUUUAAGCAUUCAAUGUAAAGUUUCAGUAGAUUGGUACGAUGCAAUUGAUAAUUUAAAAUUUACAUAUCGUAAUAUGUUGGAAGAAGAAUUAUUUUCGGAUUGCGUGAUUAAGGUACUUGAAAUUUAAAAAUAGUCAGACCUCGGUGUAAUAUUCCCGUUUUCCCAGAUAUAUCCGUAAAAUGACCCUUGGAGUUGAAAAAAUUGUAACGUAUAAUGAGGCAAGGGUAUUGCCUCCAAGGCAGCGGCCAACAAAAUUUAAAAAAUAAAGUCCUAUCUAGUAAUGG